GCGGUCGGUUUUUUACGGAUCCCGAGCGUUUAUGGUUUCCGUAUGCGGUGGCAACGCCUUCCAGUUGUUUCAGUGAGAGUUUCCGGAGGACCCAGGCCAGGUGGCGUAGACGGUGCCGAGUAUUGCCCUCGCUGGCGGCCUCGCUGCCCCUCGCUGCCCUCGCUGCCCCUCGCUGCCCUCGCUGCCCUCGCUGCCGGCCUUCUCCUUGUCCAGACCCUGUGCUCUAGCUCGGAAGAAACAAGCUUUUUUAUUUAUAUGUUUUUGGAGGAGAACUGAACAACCCAGGAAAAUGUCUGUUUUCCCUAAAAUAUCUUUGCGACCCGAGGUUGAAAAUUACCUUAAAGAGUGCUUUGUGAAUAAAGAGGUUCUAUCUACCUCAGACAAGCAAGAAGCUGAAAGGAAGUUUGAAGUGCUUUUGUAUCGCUUGUCACACCCUCCAUCAUUCACAACGGUUAGAGUGAACACACAUUUAGCCUCAGUACAACAUGUGAAAAAUCUGUUGCUUGAUGAACUUCAGAAGCAAUUUAAUGGAUUAACACUUCCUGUCUUUCAACACCCAGAACUUCAAGAUAUCUUACUUAUUCCUGUUAUUGGACCUAGGAAGAAUAUAAAAAAGCACCAGUGUGAAGUCGUCGUUGGAGCACAGUGUGGCAAUGCAGUGUUAAGAGGAGCACACAUCUAUGUCCCAGGAAUUGUGUCAGCUUCAAAAUUUAUGAAAGCUGGAGAUGUUGUUUCGGUAUACUCUGACAUUAAAGGAAAAUGUAAAAAAGGAGCCAAAGAAUUUGACGGAACAAAAUUAUUUCUUGGAAAUGGGGUUUCGGAACUAAGUCGCAAAGAUAUCUUCAAUGGGCUGCCUGAACUGAAGGGAAUAGGGAUAAGAAUGACAGAACCAUUGUAUCUCAGCCCUUCGUUUGACAAUGUGCUGUCCAGUUACUUAUUUUUACAGAACUUACCAUCUGCUGUAGUAGCUCACGUGCUGGAUCCUAAACCUGGAGAGAAGAUUCUAGACUUGUGUGCAGCACCUGGAGGCAAAACAACACACAUUGCAGCACUAAUGCAUGAUCAGGGAGAAGUAAUAGCACUGGAUAAAAUAUCCAACAAAGUUGAAAAAAUAAGACAGAAUGCUUUACUGUUGGGACUGAAUUCUAUCAAGGCAUUUUGCUUUGAUGGAACAAAGGCACUUAAAGUUGAUAAGAUCCAGAAUAUAGAAGGAGAACCUCCAUUCUCGCCAGAAUCUUUUGAUCGAAUUCUUCUUGAUGCACCCUGUAGUGGAAUGGGGCAGAGACCAAACAUGGCUUGUACUUGGACAUUGAAAGAAGUAACAUCGUAUCAGCCAUUACAGAGGAAACUCUUUACAGUGGCAGUUGAGCUGCUGAAGCCAGGGGGUGUGCUGGUGUACAGCACAUGCACAGUAACACUGGCAGAGAAUGAAGAGCAGGUUGCCUGGGCCCUCAAGACAUUUCCUUCUCUCCAGCUUCAGCCCCAGGAACCACAAAUUGGAGGAGAAGGAAUGGUGGGAGCUGGCCUAUCGUUGGCACAGUUGAAACAGCUGCAGCGAUUUGAUCCAUCUGUUGUGCCAUUCCAGGACACUGACAUUCAUUCCCUUAGAGAUGCCAGAAUGGAAGACAUGAUUUGGCUGGCCAAUAAGGAUUGUAUAGGCUUCUUUAUUGCAAAGUUUGUAAAAUGUAAAAGCACAUAGGAGAGGGAUCCUCAAAAUCAAAAUGCCAAGCAUUUGCUGUCUGUUUUCUUCUUCUACCCCCAGUGUUGAGCCAAUCCAGUGCUGACAUGGUUGCUAAGGAAACAGAAAAGGCUGCCAGUGGUUUCACAGGGAUGAAGAGACAAACAAGGGCUGAUGUGAGCCUACAUUUUGUGUUCUUAAGAGAAAUAUCUCAUUCUGGGUUACAAACAGUAUAAUGAAAAGAUGCCUGUACUUGUCUGGAACAUAUUUUCAUUUGGGAUCUUGUAUUUUAAAUUAAUAAUCAUAAUUUUUAAUAUUAAGAUAUUCCAAAAGGAGUAACAUUAAAACAUUUCAUGUGUUUAUAAAAAAAUUGUUUUCUGUUCUCAAGUUCUGAAGCUAUAUUUCCCUAAGAAUUCAUGGCCUGGGAAGUUUUAACGUUUUUCAUGUGCUAAUAUCUGUGGUAAGUAUUUUGUUUGACUUUUCCUAAAUAUUUGCCAAAUCAACAUUCUUUCAAAGGAAGUCUAGACUUUCUCAUUAUAAUAGUCUGCCUUCUCUUUAUUGUGUUUUAUGCUUUCAAACUAAAAAGUAAACAGGAUUUUUUAAACUUGUAGAUUGAAAAAAUGAGAAUAUACCAUAGUUUAGGUAAUUUUCAUCAUUUACUGGAAAACAUAAUGCAGAUGAUGAGAAAAGUACCCUCUCAGCUGGAAACUGGCUGUCCCUUCCAUCUGGGUCUCGCUGUUACCCUAACACUUUCAAAGGAUACCAAAGUCAUACAAGGCCACUCUGCCUGCAGUAGAACAAGACAAAAAAAAAAAACAUUUCAUAAUCAGAUCUGAAUUGAGACAAGUUGGAACACUGUUCAAAAGAGAAUGACCAAACAUCCUCUUAUAGUAGCCAAUGUGACUGCUUUAAAAAAUUCUCUCUAUAGAUACAGAGAUAUUGGUAUCUAUAGAGUGGGCGAGACCUGGGCUUCCUUUUUUUCAGAUAAGAUCUUUUGAAGUGUCUAUUAAUUUAAUAGUAGUUUGAAGUCUUGCACAUCAAACUUUCAUUGAAAUCACACAGAAAUGAUUGGGAACUGGGCAUAUAAAUGGACAGUGGUGAACACUUGCCUGAUAUUUUUCCUGUUUCAUGAAUUAUUUCCAUAGUUCUGUUGAUAAUAGCCAGAAGGUUUCUUGGAUCAGGUAAGACCUUUAAGUGGCCUCUUACUUUUAGUGCAGCCUUUUUGGAUCACCAUAUCUUUCUUUGUUCUUAUGCAUUCAUUCUAAUUUACUAGCCAUGCCCCCUAACCCACCCUGUACUUAAGAAUCAUCCUCUAGGCAGAGAACUUGUGUUUUCUGUCCACUGUCCUCCAGCAUGUAGUUCAUACUUACUGUGAGAGAAGAAAUUAUUUGAAGUUCCCUAAGAUUUAAGUACAUGAUUUACUUUAAAUUUCUCAUUCUGCCUUUUGUCCAGGAAAUGUCUUUUAAGAGAAGCACUGCUUACCUGGGUAUUUUUCUUUCCAGGGCUCAAAAUACCUCCUCAGACCUUUUUUUUUUUUUUUUUUUUUAAGAAACUCCACAAAGCUCAGUGCUCACUGCUAAGCAGGGAUAAAAAUGAUAGAAAUUAGCCUAGUAACACUGUUGUAAAUUGUUGAUUAAUGCCA